GGUGACAUUGCGCGUACCUGCGCCACCGCGGGCUCGUGCCUUUCUGUGCUGGUCGGCUGAGUAGGCGGCAAUGGGGAGCCUCCGCGGCCUACGCCUGACGGGAAGUUGUUUAAGGUUAUAUGAAAGAGAUGUUUAUUCAUCUCUAAGGCUUACCAGAAACACUGAUUUGAAGAGAAUAAUUGGAUUUUGCACCAAACCACAAGAAAGUGCCAGAGCUCCAUCCCACACCUACAGCCACAGAGUGCCUUUACACAAACCCACGGAUUGGGAGAAAAAGAUGCUGAUAUGGUCAGGUCGCUUCAAAAAGGAAGAUGAAAUCCCAGAGACCAUCUCUUUUGAGAUGCUUGAUGCUGCCAAGAAUAAGAUUCGUGUGAAGAUAAGCUAUGUAAUGAUUGCCCUGACAGUGGCAGGAUGUAUCCUGAUGGUUAUUGAAGGCAAGAAGGCUGCCAAAAGACACGAGAGUUUAACAAGCAUGAACUUAGAAAGGAAAGCUCGUCUGAGAGAGGAAGCAGCUAUGAAGGACAAAGAGUAGCAGAGGUAUUCAUAUUGGCUGGAUUUCAAAAAUCCAGGAAAAAUGUUGCAACAACAAGCCUAUGUUAAAAAGAAUUUGAUACAAAGAUCCAUUUCAUAAAAAUAUGGUUUACACAAACGCAUACCAUUUCCCUGUUGUAACAGUACAAAUAAAUUUCCUUAAAGAA